AUGCCCCCACCAGUCGCACGACCGACCAAGCAGUACCCCAACUGGCCCACUCUCGCCCUCGUCUCCGCCGCGACGUGCGCGCUGACAGUCGCUGGCUUCCUCCUCGUGUUCGACCGCCGAAGUUUCCGACUGAAGCGCCGAUUCGGUCGCUAUCGCAGCCGCAAGCGCUUGAGCGAUAGUCGUCCGCGGUUUGGAACGUCCGACGUCGCGAUGUCAAAAGACGUGAUCUACUUGAACAACGCGAACGCUUGUCUUGACUACGUCGUGGGGGCUGGUGAUACGGACGAAUUCAGUGACGCCAAGUCUGUAGUCAAGCAGAUUUGUCUGGACUGGAGAGAUGCCGAGAACGACGAGAUUGCAGUCAAGAUCAUCGUCGGUGGCAUUACGAACCGCCUCUAUCGUCUACUGUGGCAAAACAAGUCGGUGCUCGUGCGUCUUUACGGGGACCACACAGAGGAGUUUAUUGACCGGGACGCUGAAAACGUGCUGUUUGCCUUGCUGUCGGAACGCGGCUUUGCCCCCACAUACUAUGGCCGCUUCAAGAACGGUCGCAUCGAAGGCUGGCUCGAUGCUAGGCCGUUGCUACCAGAGGAGAUGGGUCAGACGAAGCCCGUGAACUACGUGCAGAUGAUCGGAAGAGAACUUGGUGUCAUGCACGUUAUGGAUAUCCUAGAGGACCGUGCGCCUGUGUUGUGGACCAAGAUCGAGCGGUUCGAGAAGCUGGCGAUGGCGAUCAAGCUGGACGAUCCAGUCAAGAAUGCGGCGCUGCAGGAAGUAGACUUGGCCAAGUUGCAUCAGAAGUUGCAGUGGCUCAAAUCCGUGCUGCCCUCGAGCCAGAAUCGUAAUGGCAAGGACUUGUUGGACGUCCUCGACACGGACGCAAUUUCCGCACAGGCGGAAGCGUUUGCGUCGGACGUUGUCUUCUCUCACAACGAUUUGCUAAGCGGCAACAUCUUGCAUAACUCGGACUGGGAUCGCGUGCAGAUCAUUGACUACGAGUACGGUGGCUACAACUACCGCGCGUUUGACUUUGCCAACCACUUUUGCGAGAACUGUGGGUUUGAACUGGACCUGGCGCUUUACCCGAGCAUGGAAAAGCAGUUUGCGUUUUUCAAGGCUUACAUGAGCACGGCAGCGCCCAAUUUGCUGGCCGAACUGGAGACGAACCGCGAGUCCAAGGCCUUUUUCCACGCGCUCUACGACGUGGUGAACCGUUACGCGCUUGCGUCACAUCUCUUCUGGGGCUACUGGGCCGUCGUCCAAGCAGCUCACUCAACGAUCGACUUUGACUUUCUCGCGUACGCGGCCAAGCGCUUCAACACGUUUGACGUCCACCGGGAUGUGUUCUUCAGCUCCAAUUAA